UGCGAUCUUUUUAAAGGUUCACUUUAAGACAAACGACACCGAAGCCGAUUCCUCUAGUCCUGCACACCAAGUAAAUCCAUCCUUCCUAUGCCUUCUGAGAUGGGUCUUGGAUGACUUCUGGUGAUCUGAUCUGACAAGUGCCAGCCCUGUCCUUUGCAUGCCCCCAGAGCAACUUGCUCUGCCCUCUCUGUCCACACCGGUGAUGCCAUGCCCCGCAACCACGGUGGAGGUGACGAGGGAGGUUCCGGGCUCUGGAUGAAGAGCAACAGUGGAGGGAGAGGACGAGGUAGGGACCGGUAUUACGGCAUGAAGGAUGUGGAGUCCGGUCGAGGGAACAGGGUGUUGUUGAACUCGAAUCGGGGGGACGGCUUGCUCUUGCUGGGGACAGGAGAGACAGCCAGGGCAGGUGGAGGAGCAGGAGGCACCUUGCAGGAGAGUCGCAGGGGGAAGCAGGGAGCUCGCAUGAGCCUUCUUGGAAAGCCACUAUCUUAUAACACCAGUCAGACCUGCAGGAGGAACGUCAAGUACCGGAGGCUCCAAAACUACCUGUAUAACGUGCUGGAGAGACCCAGGGGCUGGGCUUUCGUCUAUCAUGUCUUCGUUUUUCUGCUUGUCUUCAGCUGCUUGAUUUUAUCAGUGUUUUCCACUAUCCCCGAACAUCAAGAUCACGCUUCAUAUUGCCUCUUUGUUCUGGAAUUUGUCAUGAUUGUUGUGUUUGGUUUGGAGUAUAUUAUUCGUAUAUGGUCUGCUGGUUGCUGCUGCCGGUACCGAGGAUGGCAGGGAAGGUUAAGGUUUGCCAGGAAACCAUUUUGUGUAAUAGAUAUCAUUGUUCUCAUAGCAUCAGUGGCAGUUGUUUCUGCUGGAACUCAGGGUAACAUUUUUGCAACAUCAGCACUUCGGAGUCUUCGAUUCCUACAGAUACUACGUAUGGUGCGCAUGGAUCGGAGAGGAGGAACAUGGAAAUUACUAGGGUCUGUGGUUUAUGCACACAGCAAGGAACUCAUUACAGCUUGGUAUAUAGGAUUCCUAGUUCUCAUUUUUUCAUCCUUCCUUGUGUAUCUGGUGGAAAAAGAAGGAAACUCUGAAUUUCAAACAUAUGCAGAUGCCUUAUGGUGGGGUACGAUCACAUUAACCACCAUUGGUUACGGAGACAAGACACCUCGUUCAUGGCUUGGAAGAUUGUUAUCAGCAGGGUUUGCUCUACUUGGAAUCUCUUUCUUUGCUCUACCUGCAGGCAUUCUGGGCUCAGGAUUUGCUCUGAAAGUCCAGGAGCAACAUCGACAGAAGCAUUUUGAAAAAAGAAGAAAUCCUGCUGCUAGUUUAAUUCAGUGUGUAUGGCGUAGUUAUGCGGCUGAUGAGAAAUCGGUUUCCAUUGCUACCUGGAAGCCACAUUUGAAGGCCUUGCAUACCUGCAGCCCUACAAAGAAAGAACAAGGCGAGACAUCUGGAAGUAAGCUUUGUAGUAAUAAGCAGAAGCUCUUCAGGAUGUACACCUCUCGGAAACUGAGCCAGAAACUAAGUUUUAAGGAGCGUGUACGUAUGGCAAGCCCAAGGGGGCAAAGUAUAAAAAGCAGGCAAGCAUCAGUUGGAGAUCGCCGUUCACCAAGUGCUGAUAUUGGAACUGAAGGAAGUCCAACAAAAGUCCAAAAAAGCUGGAGCUUCAAUGAUAGAACACGUUUUCGGCCAUCACUAAGGCUGAAGAGUUCACAACCAAAGCCAGUUACAGAUACUGACGUCGGCCUUGGAACAGAAGAAGCGCACGAUGAAAAAGGGUGCCACUGUGACGUAUCAGUUGAAGAUCUAACACCUGCUCUUAAAACUGUCAUCCGCGCCAUCAGGAUUAUGAAAUUCCACGUAGCAAAGAGAAAGUUUAAGGAGACUUUAAGACCGUAUGAUGUGAAGGAUGUCAUCGAACAAUAUUCUGCUGGUCACCUGGAUAUGUUAUGCAGAAUAAAGAGUCUUCAAACACGAGUUGACCAAAUACUUGGAAAAGGUCAAAUAACAACAGACAAGAAAAGUCGUGAAAAGAAUGCCUCAGAAAUUGAGACAACUGACGACCUUAGUAUGUUGGGUCGUGUUGUUAAAGUUGAGAAGCAGGUACAAUCCAUUGAGUCAAAACUAGAUAGCUUACUUGAUAUCUACCAACAGGUCUUAAAGAAAGGAUCUGCCUCAGCACUGACAUUGGCAUCAUUUCAGAUGCCACUCUUUGAAUGUGAACAAACAUCAGAUUAUCAAAGUCCCAUAGACAGUAAAGAUUUGUCCCAUUCUGCACAGAACAGUGGGUUUAUUACCAGGUCAUCGAGUGCCAACAUCCCUCGUGGGUUACAGUUUGUACUAACACCAAAUGAAUAUAAUACUCCUGCUUACUAUGGAUUAAGUCCAACUACACAAAGUCAAGCAACACAAAUGUCAACAAAUCCCAAUGACGGACCUGCAAAAGUGAUUCCCAACAGCGUAUCAAACCAAAUAAGCCAGGCAUCAAAACCAACAGCACCAACAACAUUACAGAUACCUGCUGUUCCAUCCUUGAAACAUAUCAACAGACCAGAACCUAUUCACAUAAUUCCUGUGACUACAAAAGAAGAUAUUUGUGAUGUCACCUCCUGCCUUGUUGCCUCUAAAGAAAGUGUACAGCCUCCACAACCCAGUUUAACUAAACAUUUUGUAAGAAGGAAAAGCCUUGAUGCAAGUAGUGGGGUAUUAUCUUCAGUUCCAUUUAUACAUAAGGAUUUGGGGAAAUCAAUUUCUGUACAAAAUCUGAUUCAAUCCACAGAAGAACUUAAUGCACAGCUAUCAUACAGUGACUCAAGUGUCUCUAGAGGAAGCCAAGAAAUAUACCCAGAAUGGAGGGAAUCAAAGCUUUUUAUAGCCGACGAAGAACUGGAGACAGAGAAUGAGACUGGAGAUGUUGUAUCUCAGUCUACAGAGGAUACCAAUUUGUUAUCGGACUCUUUGAGGACUGGAAUGGCAAGAUCAUCUCAAAGCAUCUGCAAAACAAGGGAUGGUACAGAAACACUUAGCCCUCCUCAUGCUAAACACAAAUAACAUUUGGAUUUAUUUAUUAUUACUUUCAUAGGCUUAAAGAUCCUUAAGUCAUACAUAUCAUUGCAUGAACUAUGUUGAACGCCCUUAAAAACAUUAUCAGUUAGAACAGGGAAGAAUUGGAAAGGCAGUUCUGUGAGCCCUAGUUGCAUGGAAAUGCAUGUUUUAAUGAAGGUUACAGACCAUAAAAAACAAUAUACACAGACACACGCACCCAAACAAAAUAUAUAUCUAUAUAUAU